AAUCACAACCACGCUCCCGCUCAAACUCUUAUUUCUCGUACUCCUCCAUCUCUCUCGAGAUGACCUCCGCCAUCUCUGCCUCCGCCACCGACCGCUCCGUCUUCCUCGGCGUCGACGUCGGCACCGGCAGCGCCCGCGCAGGUGUGUUUGAUGAGAACGGGAAGCUUCUAGGUUCGUCUAGCAGUCCUAUACAGAUUUGGAAAGACAGUGAUUGCGUUGAGCAAUCUUCGACAGAUAUUUGGCAUGCAAUUAGUGCUGCUGUAAAAGCAGCAUGCUCCCUUGCAGAAGUUUCCGGGGAGGAAGUGAAGGGUCUGGGAUUUGCGGCUACUUGUUCACUAGUUGCAGUGGAUUCUGAUGGCUCUCCUGUAACGGUUUCCUGGAGUGGUGAUUCAAGAAGAAACAUAAUAGUGUGGAUGGACCAUAGAGCCGUAGAGCAAGCUGAAAGGAUCAAUUCAUGCAACUCACCCGUCCUGCAGUACUGUGGCGGAGCUCUUUCCCCUGAGAUGCAGCCUCCAAAGCUUCUAUGGGUCAAAGAAAAUCUGCCAGAGUCUUGGUCAAUGGUCUUCAGGUGGAUGGACUUGAGUGAUUGGUUAUCAUACAGGGCCACAGGAGAUGAUACACGUAGUCUCUGUACAACAGUUUGCAAAUGGACGUAUCUUGGUCAUGCUCAUAUGCAGCAAAACAAUGAGAAAGAUUCUCGAGACAUGGAAGCUUGUGGAUGGGAUGAUGAUUUCUGGGAGGAGAUUGGGUUAGGUGAUCUUGUUGAAGGGCAUCAUGCUAAGAUAGGACGAAGUGUAGCCUUCCCUGGCCAUCCUUUGGGUUCUGGUCUCACAUCUACUGCUGCGAAGGAACUAGGUCUUGUAGCAGGGAUUCCUGUUGGUACUUCGCUAAUUGAUGCUCAUGCCGGUGGUGUGGGGGUAUUGGAAAGCGUGCCUUCAUCAGAUUCUCAGCCUAAAGAGUCCGAUAUUGAAGCUCUAUGCCAUCGUAUGGUGUUAGUAUGUGGAACUUCUACUUGCCAUAUGGUUGUAUCACAGAAGAAGCUAUUCAUUCCAGGGGUCUGGGGUCCGUACUGGUCAGCUAUGGUACCUGAACAAUGGCUCACAGAAGGUGGUCAGAGUGCUACUGGUGCAUUAUUGGAUCACAUAAUUGAAAACCAUGUUGCUUCCCCUCACCUUGCCAAUCGUGCUGCUUCUCAACGCAUUUCUGUGUUUGAACUUUUGAACAAGAUAUUGGAAAAAACUAUGUUUGAUCUGAAGCGUCCAUUCCUUGCUUCUUUGACUGAAGAUAUUCAUGUCUUUCCUGAUUUUCAUGGGAACAGGUCGCCAAUUGCGGAUCCAAAAGCAAAAGGAAUUAUCUGUGGUUUAACACUUGAUACAAGUGAGAAGCAAUUGGCACUUCAGUAUCUUGCCACACUGCAAGGUAUUGCAUAUGGGACUCGCCAUAUUGUAGAACACUGCAAUACCCAGGGUCACAAAAUUGACACCAUACUAGCUUGUGGAGGCCUUGCUAAGAACCAUCUAUUCAUACAAGAACAUGCAGAUAUAAUCGGUUGCCCUAUUAUUCUUCCACGGGAAAGUGAGCCUGUGCUAUUGGGUGCUGCCAUUCUUGGUGCUGUAGCUGCUAGGAAAUAUUCGAGUAUGCAUGAUGCCAUGAAGGCCCUGAAUGCGUCGGGGCAGGUGAUCCAUCCAUCCAAAGACCCUAAGGUGAAGAAGUACCAUGAUGCCAAGUACCGCAUUUUUCGUGAGCUUUAUGAGCAGCAGCUAUCUCAUCGUUCGCUGAUGGCUCAAGCCUUGACAUAGGUUCUUGUGCCUCUUUGCGUCACCAGGUGGCAGUAGGACAGGGAUCCGCUCAACUCAAUAGAUUUAUUUAUGGGGUGCCAAUGUACUUUCCAUAUUGCAAGAGAAACCGCCUGGUGUUGAAAAGUUACGUUCUUGAAGAUAAUACAGAUUCUUAUAUGUAAAGCCUCGACUUUUGCAACUCUUUUUCAAAAACCAAAUUAGUGUACAGGAAAACGGCUCUAAAGAAAAUUGAAAUUAGUACAGUUAAUAGUUCGAGGUUCAUCCUGGUCAAGUGGUUUACUGGUUUGCCAAUUUCCUCAAAAUACUAGUGCAGUUAUAUUACCAUGUUCAUGAUGAUCUUGGG